AUGGCCGCGGCACCUCUCCUCCUUCCCCUUUCUCCUCCUCCUCCUCCUCCUCCACUCCUUCCCUCUCCCCCCACCUCCUCCGCCGCCGCCGCGGCGCUCUCUCCGCGCUCCGCCGCGCCAUCGCCGCGCACCGCUACGCUCUCCCAGCGCGCCGCCGCGCAACUCCACGCGCGCGGCCUCCGUCUCGGCGACCCCUCCCUCUCUGCGCGCCUCAUCGCCCACUACGCCGCCGCCUCCUCCACCUCCGCCGCCGCGGCCGCGGCGUCCCUCCUCCCCUCUGUCGCCCCCGACCACCCCCUCGCCACCUUCGCCUUCAACUCUCUCAUCCGCGCCCUCGCCUCCUCCUCCUCCUCCGAUCCCCGCGGCCCCGCCCUCGCCCUCGACCUCUUCCUCCUCAUGCUCCGCUCCCACCUUCGCCCCAACGAGUUCACCUUCCCCUUCGCCCUCAAAUCCGCCGCGGCGCUCGACCUCCUCCCCCUGGGGCACCAAAUCCACUCCUCGCUCCUCAAAUCCGGCCUCUUCCCCUCCAACGUCUUCUGCGCCAGCGCCCUCCUCGACCUCUACGUGAAGCUCGCUACUUUGGGGGAUGCCCGCUUGGUGUUCGAUCGAAUUCCCCACAGAACCGACGUGACAUGGAACUCGAUGAUCUGCGCCUACGCGCAAAAUGGGUUCUUGGAGGAGGCGCUGAGGUUGAUGGAUUCGAUGGCAGAGUCCGGUUUGGAUGUCGGAGUUACUAGCUGGAAUUCGAUUGUUGCGGGUUGCGUUCAAUUCGGGGAUGUCGAGCUCGCGCUGGAUGUGCUCGGGGAGAUGAUUUCGGUUGGCGGGGUGGGACCCAACCCGGCUACGUUCAAUACCCUGCUUUCUUUGAUCCCCUUUGUCCCUUCCUUGGAUCGAAUUAAGGAGUUGCAUGCCUUCGCUCUAAGGAAUGUAGAAGUGGUAGGUUUCGAUUCGGUAGAUAUUGAUAGGUUGUGGUCAUCGAUUGCUUCUGGCUAUGCCUUCCAUGGAUGCAUGAGUUAUGCGUCUCGAUUGUAUCAUAUAGUCUCGUUGAAGACAUCCCAGUUGUCAAAAUCGAUGAUCUCAGGGUUUCUUGAUUCUGGGCAGACACACAAGGCGUUCGAUGUGUUCCGUGAAAUGGCAUUUCAGUGCUGCCGUGAAGCGCAAAGUCUAUCUCCAGUUUCACUCACCAUGAUCCUUCCGGCUUGUGAUUCGUUAUCUAUAAGUGGUUUGGAGAUCCAUGCUUAUGCUUACCGAGGAGGAAUGCAAUCCCAUACGUCCGUGAGCAAUGCUCUCAUGGCCAUGUACGCCAGGAGAGGCGACAGAGAACGGGCUCAUAAGGUUUUUCAAGAGAGUCCGGAGAAGGACGUUGUGUCGUGGAAUACAAUGAUUUCGAGCUGUGCUAUGACUAAUGAUUUUGAUAGUGCUUUCGAUCUUUUUCAGGAAUUGCUUGCGGACUGCAUUAGGCCUGAUGAGUACUCGUACAGUUCCGUGCUCAAUGGAUGUGGUAUCUCAGCCCAUCUCAGACAAGGAAUGGCCUUACAUGGCCAAAUUGUAAAAUCUGGCUUAUAUCAUUCUUACCCAGUUGUCCAAAAUGCUUUAAUGGAUGCUUAUGGGAAAUGUGGGUGUACCGAGUAUGCUCAAAAGGUCUUUGAUGAGGUAGAUGCUAAAGAUACUAUUUCUUGGAACACUAUAAUCUCAUCUUACGGUUUCAAUACUCGCCCUCACGAGGCCAUAUCUCUUUUUCAUGAAAUGCAAGAGUUAGGUUUUAAACCCAACCGUGUCACCUUCAUUGCACUCUUGUCAGCUUGUAGCCAUGCUGGUUUGAUUGUUAAGGGUUUGCAUUACUUCAAUACAAUGAGGAGCCACCAUGGUGUUGUUCCCGAUGUGGAUCACUAUGCUUGUAUAGUAGAUAGUUUAGGAAGAGCAGGUCAGCUCGAUCGAGCUCACCAAUUUAUCAAAGAUAUGCCUAUAGAGCCCGAUGAUUGUGUAUGGGGUGCUUUUCUUAGCAGCUGCAGGAUCCAUGGAAAUAUUGAGCUAGCAGAAAUUGCCGCCAAGAAGCUUAUUGAGUUGGAUCCACAGCAUUCAGGUUAUUGGGUUUUGCUGUCGAACGUAUACGCGGAUGCUUCUAGGUGGAGUGAUGUGGCACAUGUGCGAGCAGCCAUGAAGGACACUGGUGUCAUAAAGUGCCCGGGUUUUAGUUGGAUUGAAAUCGGAGGCAGUGAGGUGCACAGGUUCCUUACUGCCGACAAGUUCCAUGCAAGGUGCGAUGAUAUUUAUUUGGCUCUUGAUGGUUUAACAGAGCAACUGAUAGAUGAGGGCUAUGUGCCGCUUUUAAAACCCAGAUUCGUUGUUUUUGACCAGGAAACUGAGAAAGAAGAUGUCAUAGUUGGCUGA